AUGUCCACUACAUUUGCUGCUCUGUGGAAGGUGUUGUUCGUUUCACAUGUCUUUUCGCAAGAAACGUGCAGAAUUUUGGAGUUUGUUCAACCCGAGGAAGACAAUUACCUCGAAAAUCACGUCAUUAAGUCCUUGAUGGUUGAUAACAAAGAUCAGUGUGAAUUGAGGUGUUACGCAGAGAACUUCUGUUCAUCCUUCAAUCUUGGAAUUUCAGAGACCAGGGGCAAAUUAAAAUGUGAACUCAGUGACUCUGAUCACUUUCAACAUCCUGAACAUCUCAUCUGUAAGGAAGGCUUCUCCUAUCAUCCAACCAUGAAAUUAUGUGGCACUUCUUCUUGUCCCCCGGCUGCUUCUUGUGUACCAACAAUUCACGGAAAACUCCGCUGCGUUUGUCCUGCUAAUUGGACUAGAACUGAAAGCUGCGAAAGAGAUACAGACGAGUGUUCCUCUGGAUCGCACGACUGCUCAGCGGACGCGUAUUGCAACAACACUGUGGGCUCAUUUACCUGCACUUGUAAAGCUGGAUUUUCAGGAGAUGGCAGAAAGUGCAAAAAUGUCGAUGAAUGCUCCCUUGGAAACCAUAACUGUUCCGCUGACGCGUUUUGCAAUGACACCGUGGGCUCAUUUAAUUGCACAUGUGGGACAGGAUUCACAGGCGAUGGUAGAACAUGCCAAAUCACCAAUGAGUGUGUAACGGAAAAGAAUUCAUGUCACGAGGACGCCGUGUGUACAGACACUGAAGACGGCUACAACUGCACGUGCAGACAGGAUAUGAUAGGGAACGGAUCCCUAUGCUUGGGAUUUCCUUUUCACUGGAUACUUAAUGGAUCUGAUCCGUUCAUAAGCUUGUACAAUGGUGCUACUUACAAAAGUAUUAAUGGAACAACAGCCCUGUAUUUGGAUGGACAUUCAUACGCAGAAACCCCAGCACUCCCAAUCCAGACCACCAGCUUUAGUAUGCUGUGCUGGAUGAGAGUUUUAAGCCUUUCUGUGCAAGCUAUACACAUUUACUCCGGUGGGUUCUCACCGUACCAGUUCAGGUUUGGCAUACGAAAUUACAAGUUGUGCGCCAACCUCCGCCUGGAUAAUCCUAAUUUCCCAAAGAAUGUUUUUUUCUGUAAAGGGCAUAUCCACACGGACGAAUGGAUGCACGUUGCAUUUACAUGGAGUCGCGAAGAACUUAUCGGAAGACUGUACAUAGACGGAUUCGAAGAAGGCCAACAAAGAGUUCUUGGGUCAACUAUUAAUUUAGAUCUCAACCCCACUGGCCACUCUGUGUUUGACAUCGGGCUCAUACGGGAUUCCUCCCAAUAUACUUUCCAAGGAUUUCUAAAGAAUCUCAUGGUUUUUGAUGUGGCAAUAACUGGAUUAGAAGUGAAGAAAAUUUUUACAGACGGUUACACGGAAACUUAG